UCUGUAUUUUCUUUUCGUUUGGAUUUUUUUUUAUUCUGAAUUAAUUUUAGAAUCGCCAAAAAAAUGUUUAUUUUUGUAAAAACAUUUGACAAAACCAUUUCGAUCGAUGUUGAUCGUUUCGAAACAAUCGAUUCGAUCAAAUCUAAAAUCCAACAACGAGAAGGUGUACCGGUCGAAGACCAACGUCUUAUUUUCGGUGGUAAACAAUUGGAAACUUGUUUGAAUGAUUAUGAUAUCUCCAAAGAUGCUACUCUUCAUCUUGUUUCACGAUUGUGUGGUGGUGUUAUUGAACCAAGUCUUUUGAUUUUGGCUCGUAAAUAUAAUUGCGACAAGAUGAUCUGUCGAAAAUGUUAUGCACGACUUCAUCCAAAAGCUACCAAUUGCCGAAAACGUAAAUGUGGCCAUUCGAACAAUAUUCGACCGAAAAAGAAGAUCCGUUAAAUUUAAUAAUCGAACUCUGAUCUGCAAUGGAUCUAUCCUGUCUUAUUUUCAUUAUAUAUUUGAAUAUUAAAAAAAAUUCUCUUUUAUUUAAAAAUAUGAUGAAAAUAAAGAAAAAAUGUUUUUUGGAUAACA